AUGAAAGCUGCCGCUAUAGUUGCCACUGCAUCAAUGACCCUGGCCGGUAUUGUCGUUAACGCUGACCACACUUCGCGGCAGCUCAUUAUCGGAGGUGAUAUCAUUCCGAUGGGGUCAAAACCGUAUGUUGUCGGUGUCCGCGCGAGCCUUGAGUCAUCCAACCACUGCGUCUGUGCUCUCAUCAGUCCUCUGCAUUGUCUCUCCUCGUCGAUCUGUGCAGGCGUCCAGGGUGAGCUAGGACCAUAUUUUGCCGCAGUCAACUCGCACUUUGUCAACCACACUGACGAUGGUGAGCGGAUCAAGAUCGUCAAGGUUGAGACCCACCCAAAGCUCGACUUAAACUCCGACGAAGCUGCCUACGACCUCUCCAUUUUUACUCUGGAAGUGCCAAGCAAGACCAAACCCGUUAGCCUUCCUCUACAGGAUGACUCGCAAAUCAAAAGGGGAAUGCCUGCGAAAAUAAUGGGAUGGGGAUCAUACGCCGAGAAAACCAACGAAGACGACGUUGAGUACUCGGAUGAGUUGCGCGGUGUCGAUCUUGAGAUUUGGAGUUGGCAAGAGUGCAAAGAUCUUUUUGCUAACUAUCGAGUCGACGUCACGGACUUGUGUGCAGGAGGUAUUCCUGGCAAAGGCUUUGGCAUCGGGGACUGUGGUGCUCCACUCAUUAUAGAGAAUGAUGAAGGAGACUCGGAUGAUGUUCUCAUUGGCAUUACUAGUGGCUGGGGAGAUGGAGGUCAUGCAGGUGUGCCGGCCAUCACCUCUCGUGUGUCAGCAUCAUUGGCCUGGAUCAAUUCCGUCAUCAACGAAGGUAAAAAUUCUCCUAAUCAGACUCAGUAA